CUUCCCGAUGUGGUGUUUGUGGAUCCCCAGGUCCUCCUGGACAAGGUGAGCGAACUCGUCCAGUUCACAUUCAAACUAAAAGAUCCCAGCCCCACACCUGACCCUCCCGAUGGGUGGCAGGAAUUUGAGCAGUUUGCACAAGUAACGGACAAGUUUCUAAAGGACAGUCGUUUCAGCAGCCACUACCAAGAGACAGUGUUCACCAGGAAACAUCUGACAACCUUACUGGAAAGACUACUGGUGUUUGCACGGCUCUCUCCUGGCACGUGGUUCAUGCCGUGUGUCCUGAAGCAUCUGAAACCAAAAGAAAUCCGUCCACACUGUGUGAGCCCCUCUCCCCUGGUGGUCCGUUUCCCCGACGGUGGACCCCAGCACGGAGUGUGCUGUUCCCUCAUAGCCCACGUCCUCUCCAGAGCUAACAGACAUCCCUGUCCAUGGAGUGUCCGUCUGGCACACAACAGUCCCGCUUGUCUGUACCGCAACUGCAUCCAGUUUCAGGUCUCAGACUACAAUGGUUUUGCCUUGCUAAUCGAUCGCUACACAUACUUUGAAGUCCACGUCCACACGUCACGCAGUAAGCUAGUGGAGGUGUGGAGACAUGUACGAUGUGCUGUCUUCAGUGGACUAGAGUCGGUAUCAACCACACUCGGCUACUCCAACAACAAGCCCAGCCCUGCCAUCCUCUGUCCCAGCCACACCACUGCCAACAGCUCUCAUCCAGCCUACAUCAGGAACAAAGAGUGGACCUGCUCCCUCGACUGUAAUGAGUUUGACACAGUUGCAAGUCUCAAGAAAGAGCAUAUUCCGUGCUGGCUGAAAGAGUCUGAAUACAAACAAGAUGAAGAAAGUGCUGAAGUCGACAGGGAGCCAGAUACAAUGUCAAAACGGAAAGGAGAAGAGAGAACUGAUCCCAAGGAAACAACUGAAACAACUGAUGCAGUUAAAAAGGAAAGCAAUUCUUGUUCCGGUCCUCAAGAUGGCUCACUUGGAGAGGAUGAUCUGGUGGAGAUAACGGACCAGCUGAUGGAUCUGGACCAGUCUGAUAUCUACAACCUGGGUCUUGUCCUGGGACUGGCUCAUCGCCGUGUGGUGGAUCUGAGAGAAAACAGCAGAUCCAACCUGGCCUUCCUGGAUGCAGUGGUCCUACACUGGCUGCAGAGAGACGACCGUGUGAAGGAGGUGUCCUGGACAGCUCUUGUUAAGGCUCUUCUCCACCAGAGACUGGGUCACACUGGAAUUGCCACCUCCAUUGCUGAGAAAUAUGGAGUGAAGGAUUGCCUUUGAGGGUUUCAUGCUACUACCGUUCACCGACCACCAAAUUUACCCAGAACAAUCCUCAUUACCACUGUUUUAUAGUUUAGCUACCCAGUACCUAGACCAUGACUCCGUUGGACACAGUACUACAACCUGAACAGGUGUCUGGAGGUGAAGGAUGCAGAGAUUGCCUCCAGUGGUGUCCCAGGUGGUGAUACCUUCAACCUACACCACUCCACCCACCACCUCUGUCAUUAAGAGGUUUGGUAACCGCUCACAGGUUCAUACACCAGGAGUUAGUGUUGACAGCAACCACUGUGCCACUGCCACAUCCCCACAUGUGUCAUCUGACACUGAAGAUGCCUCCAGCGACAGUGCCUCCAUUGCAUAUGCACAGGCAGAGUUGUGAGCGUGUGGAGCUCAUUCCUGGUACAGGGGUCUACGUGACUCUCCCGCAACUGGAGGAGGCUCACAGAGAGGCCAAGAACGGAAUACAACUGGCCCGCAAACUGAUGGACGCAUUCUGGGACCGGGAGACCUUGGCUCGCUCCUCCCUCUCUUCCAAGAGCAAGUACCAGUACCAGCAGUUGGACCCAAAUGUCAUCAGUGCUAUUGAAGCAUAUUGCCUGAAUUUCGACAGCAACACUCACUCGAGGGAUAUUCACGCAGCUGUUGUUCGGGCACACGGACAACCAGUGCCCAUUUGCCCACGCCAGCAUAAUGCUCACCAAGGUCCUCUGCCAGCUCUUCCACGUGGGGGAACCCCCCUCAGAGAUAAGCUACGAGUUCAUCCCGUGCUUGGUGUGGGCCAACGACCCUCUCAUGGACGUGCACUGCAUCACCAUCCAGCUGCUGUACAAGACGUGGAGAGAGAUGCGAGCGUCCAUUCACGACCUCGAAAAGGUAAUGGCCGUCGUUACGAAGCAGAUGAGCAUCGUCCUCCAGACGGGGUCCUCCACGCUCAUCACCUUCGAUUUGUUCAGGAUGAGGUUGUUUGAGCUGAGCUACAAGAAGAUAACCGAGUCGGAGGAAAACAGCCAACUUCUGGAGGAAGGCGUUCUCAAAUCGAAGCCCGUCCAAGAGCUCUGCGCGGAGAUCCGUCCGGAAAUCGUCCAGCUGGUACGCGAGGAGCGACUGCGGCACCUCACGGAAGGCGCCUCUUUCCCCAAAGUCAAGCGUGGACGCGACCGCGACCAGUUUUUCUACUGCCAUCUCUCGCCCAACCACAAGGUGAUCCACUUUGGUGACUAUAGCGGGACAAGUGUUGUCAGGCCCGCAGUCGACGAGGGACUCCGUACAAGGUCGCUGCAGCUCUUCAGAAUGGAUUGCUACACAACGGAGUGGUUCAUAAUGGACUGCAUGGAAGCAGCUUGAAUGGCACCUGAGACUCUGCAAUCUUUGACAUUCUCGCAGAUCACUUAUGCUCACUAUAUACCUCCUUCUCCCCCAUGUACCGAGUCACAGUUAGUAGAGGUUUAUUUCAAAAUCAAGAUUGUCUGAGUGAUUGAUUCUCUCCCUUCACUGACCUUUAUACUGUUUUUUCUUAUGUGUUUCAACCAUGUUGCCGAUCUGCAAAACUACCCAAGCUUUUUUUAUAGUUUUGUAGUCAUCUCUCUAGUGGUGUAGCUAUUGACUUUACAUUAACUCAGAUUUUUGAGUAUGACGUAUGAUGAACAGAGUCAUGAAAAUAAGCUAUAG